UCGAGAAUAAUUAGAAUCCAGAUACUUUCAUCACGACUUUCUCUUCAAAAAAAUUCAAGAAUAAGAAGAAAAAGUUGAAAAGAUCAAGCUAUCAUGGUUAUAUCAGAACUAGGAAGAAGAAGCUUUUUAACUAGAGCUGAGAUGGUACCGGCUCCGAUGAUUUCUCGCCGGAGGUGUUCAAUGUCUCCGACGCUAGAGACCAUUUUCGAAGAAAGGUUUGAUGAUUUAAAUCAUCAAGAAUAUUCUUCUAAAGUUGUGGUGGGACAAGGACACCGUCUUUUUCUCCUCGUUCCGGCGAUCAUAUCGGCCGUUUCUUGUGUUUUGUUGUAUAGACAUGAUCGUGUUGUUCGAUUUUAUUGAAAAUAUUUACAUAUAUGUAUAAGCAUCAAUUUAACUUGUGUAAAAUCAGAAUUGCCUUUUUUGUUGUGUGGUAAAUGUAUAAGCAGAAGACUUUUCUAUAUAUAAUCUCAUGCCUAGUGAUUAAAUAACAUCUUAUGCCUCUGUUUCAGUUCA